AUCUUUUUAUUAUCCACUAAGUUGGAACAAAAGAACAAAAAAAAAACCCACAUAUCUGUGCCUUCAAAACUUUGAAAACUAUAUUGGUUUCCAUCUGCGGUAGAUGGUUAAGUCUGCACAGAUGAUCAACUCCAUUGAUGUUUCGGAGCAGCAGCAGAGAAGUGAAUUAUCUUCCAAAUACAAAGGGGUGAGAAAACGCAAAUGGGGGAAAUGGGUGUCAGAAAUUCGGCUACCAAACAGUCGUGAGCGUAUCUGGUUGGGGUCUUAUGACUCGCCUGAGAAAGCAGCUAGGGCUUUCGAUGCAGCCCUUUUCUGCUUACGUGGCCGCAAUGCCAAGUUUAAUUUCCCCGAGACUCCUCCCGAGAUCGCCGGCGGUCAGUCCCUUAGUCCUCAGGAGAUUCAAGUAGUCGCGGCUAGCUUUGCUAAUGAUGUUAUUGACAAAGUAGAGCAGCCAAAGGACCCGCCGUCUGAUUUAGGAUAUCAAAACGACGCGUCUUCUUCGUCGUUAUCUGACGGGUUUGGAGCAGUCCAAGCGGAUUGCAGUGACAUGGCCAUCGAUUGGUCAUUUUUGGGGUUGUUGGACUCCAAUCACAACGUGUAUGAUUUUGACCAUUUCUCUGGUGGAUUGCAUUGCUGUGGUGAAUUAUCUCAUCCUCUUCCACUGCUUGGUCCUGCUUCUCAUGAUACCUGCUAUGAUAGAUGUGAAGAAAAUGGCGACGAAGCGUUUUCUCAGCAUUCAUUUCUUUGGAACUUUUAACUGCAGCCCAGCUAAAAUCAUCAGCGCUUUUCGGCUUAUUUUUAACUGCCUUGGUUACUGAAAAAAAAUAUAUAUAUAUAUAUCUAUAUAUAUAUAUAUCUAUAUAUAUAUAUAUAUAUAUUUUCACCACAAAAUAUUAU